UUGUAUGCAAGGACUACCCUAAACCACUAGAUACGGCUAUGGUAGUCAACAUAUAUCAUAAAGGAUAAGAAGAUACAUUGGCUAUUGACCUCUAUUUUGAAUGAAGUGUUUUUGGGUAACGUGGAACCCACUCAGCUGCCUAUCGAACAACUGACUAAUAAAUCCUGAGCAUGGAAGACCUCGCAACCCCUGCGGACCAAUUGAGACAGUGCGAGAAGAUAACACAGGGUGACAUUUGCACAUGCUCAGCUGAGCAAGAGUUCAUCUCGCAAAUUGCGAUAAUAAAAACACCUGUGAGACUUGAACUCACGACUGCUCGCUGGCGCUAAGAAUUAUUGCGGUCAAGUUCACCAUCUCAUUCAACGACCCGUUGUUUAGUUUGAAUGAAGUCGCUACUAGAAAUUAUCUUUUGCCUUGCUUUUGUUUUUUUCUUUACUCUCUCUUGCAAUUCCACAAAGCAAUAUGUUAUUUAUUACUCAACAAGGCAAUAGAAAAAAGGAACUCCAUUUCCUUUUGAACCAUGUUUUUCAUUCUCUUGUCCAUCUGCAAUCUCAUAGUCAUCUCUGCUAAGAAUUCACCAUAUGUGCCAGCAGAAAAUCUUGGUUUCUUCUGUAACAAACCUAGUCCCGAUAGAUGGUUUCCUCCUCACUUUCAAUCAAAAUUUCUGCUCUCAAAUACAUCUCGUGUGUCCAUCAAAGAUCCUAAGGAUCCUGAUAUUCCAAAAGCUUGCAUAUUUCAUAACCAGUUUAAUUACACACUUUCUGUCUCUCCUGGUCCUAAAUUCAUCCGGCUUCAUUUCUAUCCAGUGUCAUACUCAGGAUUAAACAUUUCAAAAGCCUUGUUUACGGCUAGUGUUGGCCAAUUCACUCUUUUCAGAACUUCCAAGUCAUCUUAUUCUGGAGAGAAUUUUGAUGCUGAGUACACCAAUAAGGAGUAUAUUGUUAACAUAGACGGACAAGCACUAAAUAUCACAUUUACUCCAUCAUCAGAUUAUUCUGAUACCUACGGCUUCGUGAACCAGAUCGAUGUUGUUUCUAUGCCUCUGAAUCUCUACAUACGAGAUGUUCGAAUCCCUGUUGUUGAUUAUCCUUCACAGUUUUACAUGAGGAACUUCACAGCACUUGAGACAAUUUACCGGCUGAAUGUAGGCGGUGGAUUCAUCUUUCCGGAAGAUGAUACCGGCAUGUCUCGCUCCUGGUCAACUGAUGAUGGUUAUCUAAAUUUAAAUGAAACUGAUGCAAAAACUCUCAAAUCUAAGGUGGCAAUCAACUACAGCUCCCAGGUUCAAGCAUAUACAGCACCGGCAGAGAUCUAUGCCACAGCCAGAACAGUGACUCCUAACAGUAACAUGACAUGGUCAUUGCCUUUGGAUUCCAGUUUCUGUUACCUCAUUAGGCUUCAUUUCUGUGAGAUCGCAAAGGAUUACAAGGUUGACAGGGUUUUUCGUGUCUACAUCGGAAACAAAACCAAUGAACUUCAAGCAGACAUAAUCCAUUUGAAUCAAGGGAGAGGUGUCCCAGUUUUCAGAGACUAUGUUGUGAAUUUCUCAAGGCAUAGCGAAAGCAUACAGCUUCUACAUGUAGCUAUAAUAGGCAACUCCUGUACUGGAUUUGGUUAUGAUGAGGCGAUCUUAAAUGGGUUGGAAAUCUUCAGAUUGUCUGACCACAGCAACAAUCUAGCAGGUUCCAACCCAUUUGCUGCAAAAAAGGAAUUACAAAGUUCACUUGAAGAUCCUUCAAAUACCAUGAGAAUUGCCUUGGAUAUCAUCUUGGGCAUCAUGGUAUUUUUUACUGUAUUCUGCAUUCUUAUACACACCCAGUUGCCAAGAUACUCUUACUCUAUUUGGCGCAAGAAAAUGUUUACGCAAUGGCAACCAUCAGAUCAUUGCCCCUGCUUCUCACUGAAUGAGCUAAAACUAGCAACCAACAACUUUUCUCAAGCCUUUCUCAUUGGUGCUGGUGGGUUUGGGAAAGUCUAUAGGGGCUCCGUCAACAAUGGCACGCAUACUGUCGCCAUAAAGCGUGCAAGUCCUAAUUCACACCAAGGUCUUGAUGAAUUUAAAACAGAAAUCACCUUGCUUUCUAAUCUACGACACCGCCAUCUGGUCUCUUUAGUUGGCUAUUGUUCUGAGAACAAGGAAAUGAUCCUUGUUUACGACUUUAUGCCUCGUGGUACUCUUCGUGAUCAACUCUACAAGAGCAAAAAACCUCCACUUUCAUGGAAGCUGAGGCUCAGUAUAUGCAUAGGAGCUGCACGAGGACUCCACUACCUCCAUACUGGCUCUAAACACAUGAUCAUUCACCGCGAUGUGAAGACAUCAAAUAUACUUUUAGACAAGAAUUGGGUGGCAAAGGUUUCAGAUUUAGGUAUAUCGAAGGUUGGCCCCAAUUUGACAACCCAGAGUAACGCACAUGUUACUACUUUAGUGAAAGGUAGUUUUGGAUACUUAGAUCCAGAAUACUAUCGGCGAAAGAAAUUGACAGAGAAAUCAGAUGUCUACUCAUUCGGUGUUGUACUAUUUGAGGUACUUUGUGCUAGGCCAGCUGUGCUAGAAGUGAGGGAGAAUGAGGAAGAGGAGCAUGAGAAGGUGAAUUUGGCACAGUGGGUUAUACAAUGCUAUGAGAGACUAGAUCAGAUCAUCGACCCAAACCUACAGGGAAAGAUUGACCCUGAAUGUUUCAAAACGUUCACCAAUGUAGCAAGGAAAUGUUUGGCUGAUCAAGGAAAUGAACGGCCUUCAAUGGGUGAUGUAUUGUGGAAUUUGGAGCUGGCAUGGAAGCAGCAAGAGAAUGCAGAACUACAAGAGAACCGGGAGUCCGUUAAGCCUAGUUGGAGGGUCAAGGUGGACAGACAAGUGAUCCCAGAUAUCAAUGAAGAACACUGCAUUUUUGUUAAUAAUUCUGAUCAUAACGUAGGAGAAGAAUUUUCUGAUAUCAUGGAACUAGUUGGACGUUGAGGUGUUCUUUAUCCAUGUCUAGCUAAUAUUGCCUUUAAAAUUCCUCUCUACGAUUUCCUGCAGUAGUUAAUAAGAUUGCCUACCUAUAACACAUUGUUUUCAUGCAACUAAAUUAAAUUUUGUGA